UGUAGGAUUCUCCAUGACCUGUGUUCAACUCCGCCAUCCGCCAACCAUCGAGUGUGGACUACUCCGAGCGCAACUAUCGCCCCCCUCCCCAUUUAUCUUCGCCAUUGCCACCGCAACUACCACCCCCCAAGUAUCUUCGCCACUACCACCGCAACUAUCACUUCAAUUAUCGUUGUCACUACCACCGCAACUAUCACCUCAAUUAUCUUUGUCACUACCACCGCAACUAUCACCUCAAUUAUCUCUGCCCUUACCACGGCAACAAUCACCCCAAUUAUUCUCGCACUGAUCAUGAGCAAUGUACUUAUCAUCCCACACACUCACAUUUCACGCAUCCGGCCUUCAUCCGGUCUGUGUUUGACCAAUCGCAUUGACUUCACUUGUCCUAUAUAA